ACAGGCUAUACCAUAGACCAUCGCUUAUAAAGUUUAUUUGACAACCAGCAAUAUGUCUGAAGAAAUGGAUGACAUAACUCUCCUUGAACUUGAUGCUGUCAUUGGGUUUAAUGGACAUGUCGUUUCUGGCCUGAUACUCCACCCAGACGAAGCGCAUCUUAUUUACCCGCUGGGCUGCACUGUCAUCCAGAGGAACAUUCAACGCAACACGCAAGAGUUUCUGUCCGAACACACCAACAACGUCAGCUGCGUUGCCGUCUCAAAGAGUGGGCGUUAUGUUGCUUCUGGUCAGGCGACCUUAAUCGGCUUCAAAGCAGAUGUCAUUAUUUGGGAUAAUUCCAAAAAGGAAAUUCAUGCCAAACUCAUCCUCCACAAAGCCAAAGUUGAGGACAUGGACUUCUCCCCUAAUGAAAAGUUUCUGGCAACCCUUGGGGGUCAAGAUGAUGGCAGCAUCGUUGUGUGGAACAUCGAGAGGGGAGACGCUCUGUGUGGAAGUCCGGCUGCGGUGCAUUCUGGUAUACUCUGCCUGAGACUUCGGUUCUCCAACCUGAGUGACAACAUCUUUAUCUCUGCAGGGAAUGGUACUAUCCGUGUCUGGGAGAUUGAUCUUGCCAGGAGGAAGGUGCAGGCCACAGAGUGCCAGAUUGGACAGCUGAGGAGAGUUGUGAAAUGCAUCGAGGUCUCUCCAGAUGACAACUUCUUCUACUGCGGCACCAGCAGCGGCGAUAUCCUGAAGAUGAAUCUGAGGACCAAGCUCCUGAACGUCUACGGGCCGCUGAAGGAUAAAUUCACCCAGGGGGUCAGUGCUCUGAAGCUGCUGAAGUCAGGGGACAUACUGGUGGGCUCAGGCGAUGGACUGGUGUCUGUGUGCAAAGAGGUCAACUUCAGCGCCUUCCUGACGGUGCAGCUGGAGGGCGGGGUGACCUCCUUCGCCCUGCCCCGUAAGGGGCACCAGCUGUACGUGGGCACCAACGCCUGCAACAUCUACAGCGUGCGCGACGAUGACUUCAGCAAGGAGCUUUUCUGCAGCAGCCAUAGCUACCCGGUCAGCGCUGUGGCCUUCCCCUAUGGCACCUCUGAGCUGUUUGCCACCUGCUCGAGGAACGACAUCCGGGUGUGGCACACCGACACGUCCAGGGAGCUGCUGCGCAUCGUGGUGCCCAACGUCACCUGUAACGCACUGGACUUCACCAUGGAUGGCCGCUGCAUCGUCAGCGCCUGGAGCGACGGUCAGAUCCGCGGCUUCACCCCCGAGACGGGCAAGCUGAUGUUCAUCAUCGAUAACGCCCACUGCCAGGGGGCCACCGCCAUGGCCUGCUGCAAGGACUGCAGGACCGUGGUCAGCGGGGGCGGGGAGGGGCAGCUGCGGGUGUGGGACGUCCAGCCCGGCUCGUACCGGCUGAUCGAGAGCAUGAAGGAGCACAAGAGCGCCAUCACGUGCAUCGCGCUGAAGAGCGACGACACGGAGUGCGUCUCCGCCAGCGCGGACGGCGCCUGCAUCGUGUGGGACCUGCUGGGCUACGUGAGGAAGCAGAUGGUGCUGGCCAACAGCAUGUUCAAAUGUGUGUGUUACCAUCCGGACGGGCACCAAAUCAUAACCAGUGGCACAGACAGGAAGAUCGCCUACUGGGAGGUGAGUGAUGGUGUCAUAGUGAGGGAUCUGGAGGGGUCACUGACGGGAUCCAUCAAUGCCAUGGACAUCUCACAGGACGGACGCUACUUUGUCACAGGCGGGGACGACAGGCUGCUGAAGGUGUGGACGUACACGAGAGGCGAGGUCACCCACGUCGGCUUGGGCCACAGCGGGAGCAUCAGCACCGCUAGGAUCUGCUCCACCGGCCGCUGUGUCAUCAGCACCAGCCAGGACGGGGCCGUGCUGCGCUGGAGGUUCCCCCACCCGCCGCGGCCCGGCACCGCCUGAACCCGCCCGGCACCGCCUGAACCCGCCCGCCCGCCUGCCUGCCUGACUCACCCGCCCA